AUGAAUGAUGUGAAAGUUGCUGUUUUGGGCAGGGAAGGAACAGGCAAAUCUGCCCUUAUAGUAAGGUUUCUUACAAAGAGAUUCAUUGGAGAAUAUGCUUCUAGUUUUGAGUCUAUAUACAAGAAGCACUUGUGUUUGGAAGGAAAACAACUGAAUCUAGAGAUAUAUGACCCUUGUUCUCAACCACAAAAAAGAAAAUUUUCCCUUAUAAGUGAAUUGCACUGGGCAGAUGGGUUCAUUAUUGUGUAUGACAUCAGUGACAGGUCUUCAUUUGCUUUUGCAAAAGCACUAAUCUAUAGAAUUCGAGAGCCACAAACUAGUCACUGUAAAAGAGCUGUGGAAUCAGCAGUGUUUUUGGUUGGUAACAAGCAAGAUCUCUGUCAUGUGCGAGAAGUUCGCUGGGAAGAAGGACACAAACUAGCACUGGAUAAUCGAUGUCAGUUCUGUGAACUGUCAGCAGCAGAGCAGUUUCUGGAGGUCGAAAUGAUGUUUCUAGGAAUCAUCAAAGAUAUCCUGGCAACCUUCAAACUCAAAGAAAAGAGGAGACCCAGUGGAUCAAAAUCCAUGGCCAAACUGAUCAAUAAUGUAUUUGGAAAGAGAAGAAAAUCCGUUUAG